AUGAGUUCAUAUUUAUUAAUUGAGGACAGAACUAAUAUCGAAGUCGUUUCUCCUGUAUUGACAUCAUUCUUGUCCAAUUCAUCUGCAUCCCUCGAUGUAUCAAAGAAAUCAGAACUUGUAUCAGCUCUUCUAUCUGAUCUUGACGAAAAUGGGGUUCAACUAAAAUGGAAUGAUGAUGUAAGAUUACUAGCAUUACAAACUUUAAAGACAUUAGGUCGCGAUGUGAAUGGGUGUGAAUUAUUGUUUUCGGAUAAGGGAUUUUUAAUAUUAUUAUAUCACGCAUCACUUUUAUCAAAUAAAAUGACCGAUACUCCCGUGGCGCAAGAAGCACUUACGUGCAUUGCUAAUUCGCUUUUAUUAAGAGAAAGUACACGUGAUCUAUUUGAAAAGUAUAAUUGUGUACAAAAAGUCUGUCAUGGUUUAAAGGAUACAAUUUCGACCAAAACACAAUUUCUUUACUCGCGAAUUCUCUUUUUGAUGACCAUUAAAACGUCACCAAUCGUUAAACAGCUCAUUGAUGACCUUGAAAUAAUUGAUAUACUUUAUAAUAUCAUAAACAAUAUUGUGAAAGGAAUUUCUUCGUAUACGGUUGUUGAAUCUUCACCUAUCACCAGAGUUACGCUCUUGAGUGAGCAAUUAAAAGUUUUAUUUAACCUAAUGCAUUAUGGUCCAAAAAUUGUGCGUGAAGAAGAGAAAGGAAAAAAUCAGGAGCCUCCAUUACUCCCGGUAAUUAUUGAUAUUAUCAAAGAAAUACCUCCACCAUCACCACUUCCACUAGGCCCACCACAUUCACACGCGAUUCACGCGCUUCUGAACUUCCCUGUUGUCCCUUACAAAUCAAUCUGGUUUCCACCAGAGCAAAAAACUCAACAAUAUGCUCUUUUGGAUAAAUUUCUUGAAACUUUAAAAACAAUGAUAUGUAUUGUCGUCAAGGGAGAUCCCGAUGCUAAUAUUGAAAAUGGUCAAAAGAAAUAUGGUAUUAAUUUUGAUGAAGUUAUUCCACCACUUGUGGCAUUGAUACGAAAAUUAGCAGAGGAAGACGAAUUGGCAAGAACUAUUACGAGAAAUAGAUUAUUACCUGAUGAUGUUGAUCGAUCUAAACCAUUGGAAAAAGGCGAUAGUUUGUCCGCACGUUUAAUUCGAUUAAUGACUUCGGUAAUGUUACCAAAUUUAAAAGAUGGUAUAAGUGAACUUUUAUAUGUGAUAUGUGAUCAAGAUGCGAAUUUAUUUGUUCAUCACGUGGGAUACGGGAACGCUGCCGGCUUUCUCAUGAGUCGAAACAUCAUGAUUCCACCAUCUAUAUCUUCAAAACAAACAGAUCAUUCUGAAAAACCAAUCAAUCCAAUCACUGGUCAGUACUUAGAUGAAGAAGCACCUUUGCUUUCUGAUAUGACAGAUGAAGAAAAAGAGAGGGAAGCAGAAAGGUUGUUUGUAUUAUUUGAAAGACUUAAAAAAACGGGUGUUAUGAAUGUUGUUAAUCCCUUGGAGGAAGCUGUGAGGUCUGGAAAACUUAAUGAGGUUCCAGACAAUGAGGAAAAGGACGAAAGCGAUUAA